AUGUUUAGUGUGUGGUCAGCAGUCCUCCAAUCUUGGAUCUAAUCAGAAUUACAUUAUCACAUUUUAAAUCCUUUUGCAAAGUGUUCUUAGAUGAGUGGGCAUCAAAGCUAAAAGCACAGUAAAUGCAGUCUGUGUGUGGACUGAUGCUGCUGACUGACUCUAAUCUAAAGGAGAGAUCUCCAGAGCUCUGACGUCUCCAGUCUCCUGCUUCACCUGCUGCUCUCUGGAACUACCAUAGUGGUGUCUGACUGAGGGAGGUUUUUGUACGACUGUAUCACUGUGUGAACACCCAGGCACUGACAGUAGUAAUCUCCUGCAUCUUCAGCCUGAUCCCACUGAUGGUCAGAAUGGAGUUACUCCCAGAUCCACUGCCACUGUAUCUAGUUGGAGUCCCAAACUGAAGUGUUGUAGCAUAGUAAAUAAGGAGUUUAGGAGCUCCUCCAGGUUUCUGUUGGUACCAGGCUAGAUAGUUAUUACCAAGCACUGCUGGUUUUACAGUUCAGAGAGACUGUCUGUCCUGGGAGAACAGCUUUCACUGCAGGAGUCUGAGUUACAGUGAUCUGGAUUCUGAAAAAUAUUAUGAAUUAAUGAAUGAAAUAUUACGUAUAUUAAUGAAUUGUUCUGAAUAGAAAAUUAACAUUGAUAUUCAUUUUGAUGGUGUAGAUUUAACUCAGUUUUGAAACAAAAAAUCAAGAAAUUAAUAACACAUUCUUAACAACCUUCAAUUCACUCAAAUUGAUUACUUUUCAUUAUACAAACAUGAAACUUAAUUUUAUUUACACUUGAUGUAAAAGGCAAGUGUCCAGAUGAAGAUGGUGAUAAAAGUCAUGGUUGUUGUGGGUUCUGUUGUCAUGAAGGACAGCUCUAAGUCAUGAAGUGUUCAACUCACAGGGAUAUAAACACUCCCAGAGCAUUUAAGAAUUUGCUGCCAAUGCAAAGUUUCCUAUGUAAAUAGUCUUCCUGGUAAGGACCCACAUUCAUAACUGUCAACUAUGAUACAGUUUAUUUUAUCAUGUUUUAAAUAACUUCUACUGUAAAUCAGUGAUUCAAUAUGAACAUUUAUGAUCUGCUUUCUUUAGUGGAUAAAACUCAUAAUCCAGAACUAUCAGUCCCUAUUGUAAUAUAUUAGUACUUGUAACAGGUGAGUAGAACGGAGCCAGGUGCAGGAUGUGUGAAUCAAAGAACAGGGUUUAUUAGCCAAUACAGCAGUCCUCAGCAAUGCGUCAACUAAAUACAGUGCGAAAGUGUGUGCCGGAAGACGUGCGUAAAACAUACCCAAUGGAAGGUGCCUAGGUGCCUUUCUCUGGGCGCACACCGAGCAGGAGGAGACAUACACCCUCACGUCCUUAGCUAAGGUAGGCCACCAGUACUUCCCGGUAAGGCAGCGCACUGUACGGCCGAUGCCUGGGUGACCAAAGGAGGGGUAUGUGUGUGCCCAAUAGAUAAGACAAUCACGGACACUAGACGGAACGUACCGAAGCCCAGCUGGGCACUGAGGCGGAGAUGGCUCUGUGCGUAACGUCCACUCUAUGUCCGCAUCCACCGCCCACACCACCGGCGCCACAAUGCAGGAGGCCGGGAGUAUGGGGGUGUUAUCAAUGGGCCUAUCCUCUGUGUCGUCUGCCUUCACGUUCUUAGUGCCUGGUUUAUAGGACAGCGUGAAAUCAAACUGGGUGAAGAACAAGGCCCACCUGGCCUGGCGAAUGUUCAGCCUACUCGCUGCCCGGAUGAACUCCAGGUUACGGUGGUCAGUCCAGACGAGGAAAGGGUAUUUAGCCCCCUCGAGCCAGUUUCUCCACGCUUUCAGGGCUCUGACAACAGCCAACAGCUCCCGAUCACCAAUGUCAUAGUUCUGCUCCGCCGGGCUGAGCUUCUUAGAGAAGAAGGCACAGGGGCGGAGCUUGGGUGGCGUGCCCGAGCGUUGGUAUAGGACAGCGCCUACCCCUACCUCGGAUGCGUCCACCUCCACUACGAACGGCAAUGAUGGUUCGGGAUGGACCAGCACCGGGGCUGCGGUGAACAGAGACCUCAGGGUACUGAAAGCCCUGUCAGCCUCAGCAGACCAGCGGAGCCGGGACUGCCCACCCUUCAACAGAAAGGUGAUGGGGGCUGCGACCUUGCCAAAGCCCCGGAUAAACCUCCGAUGGCCGCAGAGGGCUCUCAAGGGGUGGUCGUGAGAGUGUCAGGGUAGGUGUCUAGCUGUUUCCGUUGGUGCGACCACAGUGGAAAGUCCAAUGAAGCACUGCACCUUCUUAACCCUGGUUGGAGUCGGCCAAUUACGCACGGCUGCAAUGUGGUCUCCCUCCAUCUCCACACCUGAGGUGGUGAUGUGGUAUCCGAGGAAGGAGACGGAUUGUUGGAAGAACAGACAUUUUUCUGCCUUGGCAUACAGGUCAUGCUCCAACAGUCGCCCAAGCACUCUGCAAACCAAGGAUACAUGCUUGCCGCGCGUAGCGGAAUACACCAGGAUGUCAUCGAUGUAGACCACCACACCAUGACCAAGCAUGUCCCGAAACAUCUCGUUCACAAAGGACUGGAAGACUGAUGGAGCAUUCAUCAACCCGUAUGGCAUCACCAGGUAUUCAUAAUGCCCUGUGGUGGUGCUAAAUGCUAUCUUCCAUUCGUCCCCUCCCGGUCACGCACCAGGUUUUACGCACUCCUGAGAUCUAAUUUCGUGAAGAAGCGCACCACAUGCAUUGAUUCGAUCACAGAGGAAAUUAGGGGUAGAGGAUAACUAUAGUGAAAUACAUUUUUAUUAAGUGCACGGUAAUCAAUGAAAGGGCGCAGACCCCCAUCUUUCUUCUUUACGAAAAUAGAAACUCGAGGAGGCGGGUGAAGUGGAGGGACGUAUGAACCCCUGAUGCAGGGACUCGGAGACGUAUGUUUCCAUAGCCUCCAUUUCAGCCUGCGACAGGGGAAAUAUAUGACUCCUGGGCGGCACAACGUCUAACCGUAGGUUUAUCGCGCAAUCCCCCGGGCGAUGGGGUGGUAAUUUGGUCACGGUAUUCGGGGGGAAUGCGCACGGUGGAGGCAUUGUCUGGACUUUCCACUGUGGUCGCACCAACGGAAACAGCUAGACACCUACCCUGACACUCUCACGACCACCCCGUGAGAGCCCUCUGCGGCCAUGAAAAGGUGGGGUCGUGUAGUGCUAGCCAGGGAAGGCCCAACACACAAGGAAAUCAGGGGACUCAAUAAUAUGAAACGUGAUUUGCUCAUUAUGUGUCUCAUGCGUAAUCAUAGUGACUGGUGCUGUAUCCUCCCUAACAAAACCUGACCCUAAGGUUGAUUGUCAAGUGCUUUGACGGGCAAUGGAAUAGACAGGGGAAUCAAUGUAAUAUGUAGACUAAGAGCUAAAGAUCUGUCCAUUAAAUUCCCAACUGCACCUGAAUCUACCAGCGCCUUACACUAGGGCACUACCGUGUUGUCACGUUCGUUCAUAGACGGGUCAGACCAAGGCGCAGCGUGAUAUGCAUACAAGUUUAUUUAACGAAUAAACACAACGACAAAACAAUAAACCAACGACACGUGGCGUCCUAAGGUACACACAACAAACCUCACACGGAACAAGAUCCCGCAACACUUAAUUGCCAAUAGGCUGCCUAAGUAUGCUCCCCAAUCAGAGACAACGAGCGACAGCUGCCUCUGAUUGGGAAACACACCCGGCCAAACAUAGAAUUACAAAACCUAGAUCACAAACAUAGAAAAUACAACAUAGAAAAUCACACCCUGACUCAACAAAUAAGAGUCCCCAGAGUCAGGGCGUGACACGUGUAAUCACGGAAGUUGACGUGGAUGGUUAAAUGCGCAGCAGAGGGCUCUGAACGAGUGUGGGUUUGUGCUACCUUGGGUGACAUGAGAGUGCCCUGCCUUCCGCCUCCAGAACCAGAAGAUCUCUGACAACAUCGUGCAGCAGAAUAUCCUCUUCUGCAACAAGAGUGACACUGGGUCUGUCGUCCUCCAUUCUCCCGGAAUGCUGCACCACCCAGCUCUAUUUGAACGUGAGCCGGGGUGAGGGGGUUGAAAUGAGCAGGCCCCUUCCAGGACGUCCUCUCAAAGCCAGCAGGUUGUCCAACUGGAUGGCCAUGUCCACCAGUUGGUCGAAGGUCAGAGUGGUAUCCCGGCAGGCUAGCUCCCUUCGGACGUCCUCAUGCAGGCCGCAUCGGAAAUGGUUGAUGAGGGACCGCUUGUUCCACCCGGACCCAGCCGCUAGGGUUCUAAACUCCAGGGCAAAGUCUUGCGCGGUCCUCGUCCCCUGCCUCAGAUGGAACAGACGCUCGCCCUCCUCUCUUCCUUCGGGGGGAUGAUCAAAGAUUGCACAGAAGAGGCGAGCGAACUCUCCGUAGCUGUCCAACGAUUCUCCUCCUUCACUCCAGACCGCAUUGGCCCACUCCAGGGCUUUCCACGAGAGGCAGAAGAUGAGGGCGGACACCUCCUCCCGAUCCGGUAGAGGUCCAGCUGCAGGAGAAAACCCUGGCAGCGGGCAGCUGUCCCGUCGUAUUCCCUCGGUAGAGACAGGUGAAUACCACUGGUUGCUGGUGUGUGGGUGGCUUGAUCCGGUCGCUCAGCUGGUUCCGCAUGGUCAUAUCCUCUCUUCUCCAGGCGCUGGACGGCCUGGAGAAACCGAUCCAUCGCUUCGCCCUAGCUGGCUAACAUGGUGGAAUGCUCCCGGACCCGCUCAAUGACACCAGACAUAUUCCCCGCUCCUGCUGACUCCAUGCUGUUUGGGUGUGUUAUUCUGUAACAAGUUGAUUAGGACGGAGCCAGGCGCAGGAGGUUUAUUAGGCCAAUACAGCAGUCCACAGCAAUGAUUAAACCAAAUACAGUGCGACUUAAAUGCGUACUGGGAUAAACAAAACACACGGGUGAAUAUCCCGGCGAUAAAGGUAACAUAAUGCUCAACACGAGCUAGGGACACCUCCACAUGGAACAAUAACACACAAAGACAUGGGGAGCAGAGGGAAUAAUUAUACAGAGACUGAUGAGGGGAUAUGUACCAGGUGUGUGUGAAAAACAAGACAAAACAAAUGGAAUGAUGAAAACAGGAUUAGCAUUGGCUAGAAGAACGGUGACACCGAACGCCAAAGCCUGCCCGAACAAGGAGAGGAGGCAGCUUCGGAGGGAGUCGUGACAGUACCUCUGUACUAUCAGUCCCUAUUUUAUUAUACUCAUAACCCAGAACUAUCAGUCCCUAUUGUAUUAUAGUAGUACUUCAGUACAUUCAGCCCCUAUUUUAUUAUAAUAGUACUUCAGUACUGUCAGUCUCUAUUGUAUUAUACUAGUAUUCCAGUACUAUUCGGGUGGUACUGAGAGUGCUCUGUGUAUGAAGGUGCUCACUCUUUUGUGAAGGAGGUUUUUGUACGGCGACUUCACCAGAAUGAAUCACUGUGGAAGCUUUUAGAAGCGGCACAAAACUGGUGCUGAAAAUUAAGUCAAUUUUUGUCUUUCUCUCAUAAAACUAAAUGUAAUCAUGCUAUUGAGCAACGUUGUGAGAUGUUGUCAUCUUCUCCAGAGGGAAAACUUUUAGGGUAUAUAUUUUUAGAGAUUUCUGUGGACAAAUUCUUAGAUUUUUAGACGGCGGAGUCACCGAACUGAAAUAAUUGCUCAUUUACCACCAAGUAAAUUCGGCAAUAAAAGUAUUCUAAUGUGCGAUUAAAAAAGAGCAUCUUUUGAUAUACAGUAUUGCAGGUCAGCUCAUUGUUCUGUCGAGAUGUAACUACUAUUUCUAUAAUGUAAGCAACACUUUGUACUGUAUUCAUACGGUACAAAGUGUUGUGUCUUAUUUAAAAUGGUGAAUUUUUAAUCAAAUCAAAUCAAAUCAAAUUGUAUUUGUCACAUGCGCCGAAUACAAAAGGUGUAGACCUUACAGUGAAAUGCUACCUUAAAAGCCCUUAACCAACAAUGCAGUUUUAAGAAAAAUAAGUGUUAAGUAAAAAAUUGAUAAGUAAAAAAAAAAGAACAAAAUAGAAGAAAAACUGAGGAAAAAAUAUAUAUUAAUGAACAGCAGUGAGGCUAUAUACAGGGGGUACCGGUACAGAGUCAAAGUGCAGUGGCACCGGUUACAUUUACAUUUUAGUCAAUGCUCUUAUCCAGAGCGACUUACAGUUAGUGAGUGCAUACAUUAUUUUUUGAAUUUUUCAUACUGGCCCACCGUGGGAAUCGAACCCACAACGCCAUGUUCUACCAACUGAGCUACAUCCCUGCCGGCCACUACCUCCCCUACCCUGGAUGACGCUGGGCCAAUUGUGUGCCACCCCAUGGGUCUCCCGGUCGCGGCCGACUACGACAGAGCCUGGAUUUGAACCAGGAUCUCUAGUGGCACAGCUAGCACUGCGAUGCAGUGCCUUAGACACUGCGCCACUCGGGAGACGGUUAGUCGAGGUAAUUGAGGUAAUACUAUUUUCUACAUUGCAGAAUAAUAGUGAAGACAUCGAAACUAUGAAAUAACACAUAUGGAAUCAUGUAGUAACCAAAAAAGUGUUAAACAAAUCAAAAUAUAUUUUAGAUUUGAGAUUCUUCAAAUACCCAUGCUUUGCCUAGAUGACAGCUUUGCACACUCUUGGCAUUCUCUCAACCAGCUUCACCGGGAAUGCUUUUCCUACAGUCUUGAAGGACUUCCCACAUAUGCUUAGCACUUGUUGGCUGCUUUUCCUUCACUCUGCCAUCCGACUCAUCCCAAACCAGCUCAAUUUGGUUGAGGUCGGGGAUUGUGGAGCCAGGUCAUCUGAUGCAUCACUCCAUCACUCUCCUUCUUGGUAAAAUAGCCCUUACACAGCUUGGAGUUGUGUUGGGUCAUUGUCCUGUUGAAAAACAAAUGAUAGUCCCACUAAGCCCAAACCAGAUGUGAUGGCGUAUGGCUGCAGAAUGCUGUGGUAGCCAUACUGGUUAAGUGUGCCUUGAAUUCUAAAUAAAUCACAGACAGUGUCACCAGCAAAGCACCCCCACACCAUAACACCUUCUCCUCCAUGCUUUACGGUGGGAACUACACAUGCGGAGAUCAUCCGUUCACCCAAACUGCGUCUCACAAAAACACAGUGGUUGGAACCAAAAAUCUCAAAUUUGGACUCCAGACCAAAGGACACAUUUCCACCGGUCUAAUGUCCAUUGCUUGUGUUUCUUGGCCCCAGCAGGUCUCUUCUUCUUAUUGGUGUCCUUUAGUAGUGGUUUCUUUGCAGCAAAUUGACAAUGAAGGCCUGAUUCACACAGUCCCCUCUGAAACAGUUGAUGUUGAGAUGUGUCUGUGACUUGAACUCUGUGAAGCAUUUAUUUGGGCUGCAAUUUCUUGAGGCUGGUAACUAUAAUGAACUUAUCCUCUGCAGCAGAGGUAACUCUGAGUCUUCAAUUCCUGUGGUGGUCCUCAAGAGAGCCAGUUUCAUCAUAGCGCUUGAUGGUUUUUGCGACUGCACAAAGAUCUUGAAAUUUUCGUAUUGACUGACCUUCAUGUCUUAAAGUAAUGAUGGACUGUCAUUUCUCUUUGCUUUUUUGAGCGGUUUUGCCAUAAUAUGGACUUGGUCUUUUACCAAAUAGGGCUAUCUUCUGUAUACCCCCUACCUUGUCACAACACAACUGAUUGGCUCAAACACAUUAAGAAGGAAAUAAAUUCCACAAAUUAACUUUUAAGAAGGCACACCUGUUAAUUUAAAUGCAUUCCAGGUGACUACCUCAUGAAGCUGGUUGAGAGAAUGCCAAGAGUGUGCAAAGCUGUAAUCAAGGCAAAGGGUGGCUAUUUGAAUAAUAUAAUUUAACACUUUUUUGGUUACUACAAGAUUCCAUAUGUGUUACUUCAUAGUUUUGAUGUCUUCACUAUUAUUCUACAAUGUAAAACAUAGUACAAAUAAAGAAAAACCCUUGAAUGAAUAGGUGUGUCCAAACUUUUUACUGGUAGUGUACAUGUAGGUAGAGGUAAAGUGACUAUUCAUAUGUAAUAAACAGAGAGUAGCAGCAGCGUAAAAUAGGGGGUGGGGGAGGGGGGAAGACAAUGCAAAUAGUCCGAGUAGCCAUUUGAUUAGCUGUUCAGGAGUCUUAUGGCUUGGGGGUAGAAGCUGUUAAGAUGCCUUUUGCUCCUAGACUUGGUACCGCUUGCCGUGCAGUAGCAGAGAGAACAGUCAAUGACUAGGAUGGCUGGAGUCUUUGACAAUUUUUAGGGCCUUCCUCUGACACCGCCUGGUAUAGAGGUCCUGGAUGGCAGGAAGCUUGGCCCCAGUGAUGUACUGGGCCGUACGUACUACCCUCUGUAGUGCCUUGCGGUCGGAGGCCGAGCAGUUGCCAUACCAGGCGGUGAUGCAACCAGUCAGGAUGCUCUCAAUGGUGCAGCUGUAUAACUUUUUGAGGAUCUGAGGACCCAUGCCAAAUGUUUUCAGUCUCCUGAGGGGGAAUAGGCUUUGUCUUGCCCUCUUCAUGACUGUCUUAGUAUGUUUGGACCAUGAUAGUUUGUUGGUGAUGUGGACAUCAAGGAACUUGAAGCUCUCAACCUGCUCCACUACUGCCCUGUCAAUGAGAAUGGGGGCGUGUUCGGUCCUCCUUUUCCUGUAGUCCACAAUCAUCUCCUUUGUCUUGAUCACGUUGAGGGAGAUGUUGUUAUCCUGGCACCACAUAGCCAGGCCUCUGACCUCCUACCUAUAGGCUGUCUCAUCGUUGUCGGUGAUCAGGCCUACCACUGUUGUGUUGUCGGCAAACUUAAUGAUGGUGUUGGAGUCGUGCCUGGCCAUGCAGUCAUGGGUGAACAGGGAGUACAGGAGGGGACUGAGCACGCACCCCUGAGGGACCCCCGUGUUGAGGAUCAGCUUGGCAGAUGUGUUGUUACCUACCCUUUCCACCUGGGGGCGGCCAGUUAGGAAGUCCAGGAUCCAGUUGCAGAGGGAGGUGUUUAGUCCCAGGGUCUUUAGCUUAGUGAUGAGCUUUGAGGGCACUAUGUUGUUGAACGCUGAGCUGUAGUCAAUGAAUAUCAUUCUCACGUAGGUGUUCCUUUUGGCAGGUGGGAAAGGGCAGUGUGGAGUACAAUAGAGAUUGCAUCAUCUGUGGAUCUGUUGGGGCCAUAUGUAAAUUAGAGUGGGUUUAGGGUUUCUGGGAUAAUGGUGUUGAUGUGAGCCAUGACCAGCCUUUCAAAGCACAAUAUGGCUACAGACGUGAGUGCUACCUUAGUGUUCUUGGGCACAGGGACUAUGGUGGUCUGCUUGAAACAUGUUGGUAUUACAGACUCAGUCAGGGACAGGUUUAAAAUGUCAGUAAAGACACUUGCCAGUUGGUCAGCGCAUGCUCGGAGUACAUGUCCUGGUAAUUUCUCUGGCCCUGCGGCCUUGUGAAUGUUGACCUGUUUAAAGGUCUGACUUACAUCGGCUACGGAGAGCGUGAUCACACAGUCGUCCGGAACAGCUGAUGCUCUCAUGCAUGCUUCAGUGUUGCUUGCCUCAAAGCGAACAUAGAAGUAAUUUAGCUUGUCUGGUAGGCUCGUGUCACUGGGCAGCUCGCGGCUCUGCUUCCCUUUGUAGUCUGUAAUAGUUUACAAGCCCUGCCACAUCCAAUGAGCGUCGGAGCCUGUGUAGUACGAUUCAAUCUUAGUCCUGUAUUGACGCUUUGCCUGUUUGAUGGUUCGUCGGAGGGCAUAGUGGGAUAUCUUAUACGCCUCUGGGUUAGAGUCCCGCUCCUUGAAAGCGGCAGCUCUACCCUUUAGCUCAGUGCGGAUGUUGCCUGUAAUCCAUGGCUUCUGGUUGGGGUAUGUACAUACGGUCACUGUGGGGACAACUUCAUUUAUGUACUUAUUGAUAAAGCCAGUGACUGAUGUGGUGUACUCCUCAAUGCCAUCGGAAGAAUCCCAGAACAUAUUCCAGUCUGUGCUAGCAAAACAGUCCUGUAGCUUAGCAUCUGCGUCAUCUGACCACUUCUGUAUUGAGCGAGUCACUGGUACUUCCUGUUUAGUUUUUGCUUGUAAGCAGGAAUCUGGAGGAUAGAAUUAUGGUCAGAUUUGCCAAAAGGAGGGUGAGGGAGAGUUUUGUACGCGUCUCUGUGUGUGGAGUAAAGGUGGUCUAGAGUUGUUUUCCCUCUGGUUGCACAUUUUAGAUGCUGGUAGAAAUGAGAUAAAACUGAUUUAAGUUUCCCUGCGUUAAAGUCCCCUGCCACUAGGAGCGCCGCCUCUGGAUGAACAUUUUCUUGUUUGCUUAUGGCCUUAUAUAGGUCGUUGAGUGUGGUCUUAGUGCCAGCAUCGGUUUGUGGUGGUAAAUAGACAGCUACGAAAAAUAUAGAUGAAAACUCUCUUGGUAAAUAAUGUGGUCUAUAGCUUAUCAUGAGAUACUCUACCUCAGGCGAGAAAAACCUUGACACUUCCUUAAUAGAAGAUUUAGUGCACCAGCUGUUGUUUACAAAUAUACACAUACCGCCACCCCUUGUCUUACCGGAGGCAGCUGUUCUAUCUUGCUGAUGCACCGAAAACCCUGCCAGCUGUACGUUAUCCAUGUUGUCGUUCAGCCACGACUCGGUGAAACAUAAGAUAUUACAGUUUUGAAUGCCCUGUUGGUAGGAUAUUCUUGAUCGGAGCUCAUCCAUUUUAUUAUCCAAUGAUUGUACGUUGGCUAACAGGACUGAUGAUAGAGGCAGAUUACCCACUCGCCGUCGGAUACUUACAAGGCACCCCGACCUAUGUCCCCGAUAUCACCGUCUCUACUUCAUGCGAAUGGCGGGGAUUUGGGCCUUGUCGGGUGUCUGAAGUAAAUCCUUCACGUCCGAUUUGUUAAAGAACAUUUUUUCGUCCUAGGGUCUUUAGCUUAGUGAUGAGCUUUGAGGGCACUAUGUUGUUGAACGCUGAGCUGUAGUCAAUGAAUAUCAUUCUCACGUAGGUGUUCCUUUUGGCAGGUGGGAAAGGGCAGUGUGGAGUACAAUAGAGAUUGCAUCAUCUGUGGAUCUGUUGGGGCCAUAUGUAAAUUAGAGUGGGUUUAGGGUUUCUGGGAUAAUGGUGUUGAUGUGAGCCAUGACCAUCCUUUCAAAGCACAAUAUGGCUACAGACGUGAGUGCUACCUUAGUGUUCUUGGGCACAGGGACUAUGGUGGUCUGCUUGAAACAUGUUGGUAUUACAGACUCAGUCAGGGACAGGUUUAAAAUGUCAGUAAAGACACUUGCCAGUUGGUCAGCGCAUGCUCGGAGUACAUGUCCUGGUAAUUUCUCUGGCCCUGCGGCCUUGUGAAUGUUGACCUGUUUAAAGGUCUGACUCACAUCGGCUACGGAGAGCGUGAUCACACAGUCGUCCGGAACAGCUGAUGCUCUCAUGCAUGCUUCAGUGUUGCUUGCCUCAAAGCGAACAUAGAAGUAAUUUAGCUUGUCUGGUAGGCUCGUGUCACUGGGCAGCUCGCGGCUCUGCUUCCCUUUGUAGUCUGUAAUAGUUUACAAGCCCUGCCACAUCCAAUGAGCGUCGGAGCCUGUGUAGUACGAUUCAAUCUUAGUCCUGUAUUGACGCUUUGCCUGUUUGAUGGUUCGUCGGAGGGCAUAGUGGGAUAUCUUAUACGCCUCUGGGUUAGAGUCCCGCUCCUUGAAAGCGGCAGCUCUACCCUUUAGCUCAGUGCGGAUGUUGCCUGUAAUCCAUGGCUUCUGGUUGGGGUAUGUACAUACGGUCACUGUGGGGACAACUUCAUUUACGUACUUAUUGAUAAAGCCAGUGACUGAUGUGGUGUACUCCUCAAUGCCAUCGGAAGAAUCCCAGAACAUAUUCCAGUCUGUGCUAGCAAAACAGUCCUGUAGCUUAGCAUCUGCGUCAUCUGACCACUUCUGUAUUGAGCGAGUCACUGGUACUUCCUGUUUAGUUUUUGCUUGUAAGCAGGAAUCUGGAGGAUAGAAUUAUGGUCAGAUUUGCCAAAAGGAGGGUGAGGGAGAGUUUUGUACGCGUCUCUGUGUGUGGAGUAAAGGUGGUCUAGAGUUUUUUUCCCUCUGGUUGCACAUUUUAGAUGCUGGUAGAAAUGAGAUAAAACGGAUUUAAGUUUCCCUGCGUUAAAGUCCCCUGCCACUAGGAGCGCCGCCUCUGGAUGAACAUUUUCUUGUUUGCUUAUGGCCUUAUAUAGGUCGUUGAGUGUGGUCUUAGUGCCAGCAUCGGUUUGUGGUGGUAAAUAGACAGCUACGAAAAAUAUAGAUGAAAACUCUCUUGGUAAAUAAUGUGGUCUAUAGCUUAUCAUGAGAUACUCUACCUCAGGCGAGAAAAACCUUGAGACUUCCUUGAUAGAAGAUUUAGUGCACCAGCUGUUGUUUACAAAUAUACACAUACCGCCACCCCUUGUCUUACCGGAGGCAGCUGUUCUAUCUUGCUGAUGCACCGAAAACCCUGCCAGCUGUACGUUAUCCAUGUUGUCGUUCAGCCACGACUCGGUGAAACAUAAGAUAUUCCAGUUUUGAAUGCCCUGUUGGUAGGAUAUUCUUGAUCGGAGCUCAUCCAUUUUAUUAUCCAAUGAUUGUACGUUGGCUAACAGGACUGAUGAUAGAGGCAGAUUACCCACUCGCCGUUGGAUACUUACAAGGCACCCUGACCUAUGUCCCCGAUAUCACCGUCUCUACUUCAUGCGAAUGGCGGGGAUUUGGGCCUUGUCGGGUGUCUGAAGUAAAUCCUUCACGUCCGACUUGUUAAAGAAAUUUUUUUCGUCCAGUACGAUGUGAGUAAUCACUGUCCUGAUAUCCAGAAGCUCUUUUCGGUCAUAAGAGACUGUGGCAGAAACAUGAUGUACAAAAUAAGUUAGAAAUAACGUGAAAAAACACACACAAUAGAACAAUUGGUUAGGAGCCCGUAAAACGGCAGCCAUCUCUCCUCCAGCGACAUUAUAUCCUGUACAGUAUUGCAGGUCAACUGUAUCCAGACUAUAUGAAAGUGAUUUUUAGUCUAGGUCUAGGCUUCAUCUGUGUCCGGGAAACCCCCUCCUAGUGUUUUGUUGCUCUUGGUUUGAUAAACUGUAGAGCAUGAAUGUAACAUACAUUUAUCUAAUAUAUAGUUUUGUCUAAAAAUCCAUCCAGUGUUUUUCAUUGAUGUUUAUUUUAAUAGAUUCAGUGUUUCGUUGUUCUCUGUUAGUCUCUGUACUGUAGCUAGUUGUUUAUCCUGUGUGUGUUGUUGAUCUGAAAUGGGUUUGUUCACUGAUAACACAGAGUCUUUUCUCCCCUCUCCUAACGUUAUAGAGUAGUAGUAGUAGUAGUAGUAGUAGUAGUAGUAGUAGUAGUAGUAGUAGUAGUAGUAGUAGCUGACCCUCUCCUCUCCUCUCCUCUCCUCUCCUCUCCUCUCCUCUCCUCUCCUCUCCUCUCCUCUCCUCUCCUCUCCUCUCCUCUCCUCUCCUCUCCUCUCCUCUCCUCUCCUCUCCUCUCCUCUCCUCUCCUCUCCUCUCCUCUCCUCUCCUCUCCUCUCCUCUCCUCUCCUCUCCUCUCCUCUCCUCUUCUCUCCUAAUAUAUUCCAUUAUAGAGUAGUAGUAGCUGACCCUCCUCUCUUCUCUCCUCCAGCUGGUCCCUCUGUCAGGCCCACAGUGUCUCUGCUCCCCCCGUCCUCUGAGCAGCUCUCCGGGGGCUCGGCCACACUGACCUGCUUGCUGAGUGGCUACUCCCCCCAGGGGGCGAUGGUGAGCUGGGAGGUGCAUGGGCGGAGGUAACAGAGGGGGGGGGGGUCCUCACCACCACAGAAGAAGAGAAGGGUAGCCACUACAGCCACAGCAGCACCUUGACCCUGAGCAAGGCACUCUGGGAAGAGGGAGAGGUGUACACCUGCAGGGUUACCCAUGACGACACCAGUGAUUCAGCCGCCUUCCGAAGAAGUCACUGUAGUGUCUAGAAGCCAUUGUAGGAGGCUAGAGAGUCCCCACAUGGUGCUAGUUCUGGAAACAUUAGUGUUUCAGAGCUGAAUGUUAUAGUAUAUAGUGAAUAAUAUCAGUAGUGCUAUGUGCUAAAUGAACUAUUUUGAGAUUAAGUUGUGCAUGUCUUCUUGCCUCUGAGUUUAAAUAAAGCUUGUUUUGCUUUAAAUAUAACCCCAAGAGUUGAUUUAAUCAUGAUUCCAGUGAUCACUAUCUCAUGAAUAGGCAGUACAUUUCAUACUAAUUUAGAUCAAUCAGCUUCUUUCAUAAUUUCAGCAUUGUAGCAUAUAGCUACUCUCAUGUUUUCAAACAGAAUUAAACGGGCAUCUGAUCCAACAAAUACUCUGCAAUCAUUUCUACAACUGAAUUAUCCUGUUAUACUGUAGCAUCAAUACCAGUGAUGAUAAUUAGUGGUAUUUGAUAAUAAACCUCUAAGAUCUGCUCUCAGAACCCACACUUCUAAAUAGUUACUCUCCAUAAAAUAUGUAUAUUUUUAAUGUUUAAUUCCUAAUAUGAUUUUAUUCAAUUAGAUGUUGUAGCAAUGGUUUUCAACAAUGUGUAGUCUACACUUCAUUACAUUUCCCCAGAUCUUCUCUACCUCCAGCCCCCUGGGGACAGAGUGAACAUCUGGUGACAGUGCUGCUCUAUUCUGGGACAAGCAGAACCACCCAGCCCUGUCUAUGUAAAUCUCAGUUUCACUCCCACAGCUACCAGUCUAGCAGUUGAACAGUUUCACUGCCUGAAAUACCCUGGACUGGGCCAGAUGUGAGGGAGUGACUGGUUUUAACCUCUAUGGUGGAUUCAGGAAGGGAGACAUAACAGAUAUGCCAUCAUGUAAUUAAUGACAGAAAAAAAUGAGUAUUAUAGUUUAUGUAGAUAGUGUAUAUAGUGUAGAUAGUGUAGUGUUUAUAGUGUAUGUAAAUAGUGUAGAUAUUGUAGAUGGUGAAGUGUAGAUAAUGUAGAUAGUGUAGUGUAGAUAGUGAAGUGUAGAUAGUGUAUGUAGUGUACAUGUGUCUCAUGGUUGAGUCCAGCAUCAGGUCUCAUUCACAGGUCUAGCAGUCAGUAACCUACUCGGGACAAAAAGUUAAUAUUUUGCUGUAGAUUUAUACAUCCAUUAAAAUUAGACAUUUGGUUGUGAGGUCAAUUUGGGAACUUGUUUUGGUGGGGCUGAAGUGAUUGUAACUUUUAAGUAAUGUUGAGGUCAUAACACCUUUUGUUUGGCUUCUCAUGUGGACUAGUAAUAGCUCCCAUUUGACCUGUGAACCUAAAUUGUCCAGCAGACAAAUUACAACUACCGUCUACACAUGACUGUGUCUUGUUGACUGUGCCUGAGGCCUGUACAGAGCUGGGUAAAAAAAGUGUUCCAGUUCUCUGGCCCUUCCACUUGGAAGGAGCUUCAAAGGGACAUGAAAUUGCAGGAGCUCAUCUCUUUGAUUGACUACUGUAGCUAGGGUAAAAACCAUGGUGGACAUUUAAGUGGGGGGCUGUCAAUGUUUUGACCCCUAGAUGCAGCACAUCUCCCCAAGUAAUUAUUGCCUUCUCAAUGUGUCAAUGUAUGGUUUAAAACUGCUUUGUGUUUUAUGUUGUAAAUUGUGUGUAAAGCUUUGUGUGCUGCUAUUUUGUCCAGGCCUCUCUUAUAAAAUAGAUGUUUAAUCUCAAUGAGACUAGCCUGGAAAAAUAAAGAUACAUCUGACUGAGGGAGGUUUUUGUAUGGCUCUAAAUCACUGUGUGAACCACUGAGUGCUACCAGGCCAGUGUAAACUCUGACAGUAGUAAUCUCCUGCAUCUUCAGCCUGGACUCCACUGAUGGUCAGAGUGAAGUCACUCCCAGAUCCACUGCCACUGAAUCUAGAUGGAGUCCCAGACUGAAGUGUUGUAGCAUAGUAAAUAAGGAGUGUAGGAGCUCCUCCAGGUUUCUGUUGGUACCAGGCUAGAUAGUUAUUGUCAUACACAUUACUGCUGGUUUUACAGUUCAGAGAGACUGUCUGUCCUGGGAGAGCAGCUUUCACCACAGGAGUCUGAGUCACAGUGUACUGUCCUCUGGAUUCUGAAAAAUAGAAUGAAAACAUUUAUAUGAAUGAAAUAUUACAUAUGGUAAUGAAUACUUCUGAGUGGAAAUAUUAACAUUGAUACACAUGUGGAUGAUGUAGAUUACAUUUAUUUUCAACAAUAAUUUCUGAAAAUGUUAACCUUGAAAGCAGAAAGCAAGUGUCCAGAUGAAGAUGGUGAUACAAGUCAUGUUUGUUGUGGGUUCUGUUGCCAUGAAGGACAGCUCUCAGUCAUGAAGCGUUAAACUCACAGGGCUAUAAACACUCACAGAGCAGUGGGGCAGAUGCAUUAUGCAAAUGAAUGCUUCAAAUCUAUUUCAGGUUCCAAGUAGGCUCCCAUCAUUAGAAUAUAGUGUGUCCUGCAUAAACUUGCUUUUAUAAUAAUAGUAAUUAGGUGGGUGCUUAUAUUUGUACUAUUUCACACAUGUACAUGUGUGUAUUAUACACAUGUGUGAAUUAGAUUAUUAUUAUUUUUUGAUAUCCAAACUCCCCCUGAGACAACCUAGGAAAGUGGGGUCACGGCCAAGAUUUGCCAUUAUCAACUUCGACCCUGGAGCAAUUAGGGUUAAGUGCAUUGCUAAAGGGAACAUCGACAGAUGUUUCACCGUGUCGGCCUGGGGAUUUGAACUAGCAAUCUUUCGAUAACUAGGCCAACGUCCUAACCGCUAGCUACCUGCUACCCCUUUAAUAACAUCAAACAGCAACUGUUGACUCAGAUAACUGAUGCAUGGUAACUUUUAUGUCACACCACCAUUGUAUUUUUAUUCUGAUGAUGAUCAGAUAUAAUGAACUGUCUGUUCACUCAUGCUUGGUCUCUCAUGUAAGUUCCUCUAAUCAGUUAGUGAACACUUCUCUAAACUAAAGCUGGUAGGAUUCCUCUGGUAGUGUUGUCUGUCCUCUGUGACUUUACCACCACUGUUAAAUGUGAGAUCAACAUCUUUAAUAAAGGAAUAUACAACAUGGAUCACUAUCACUACUGCUGCUGCUGUUGUCUUUCAUAUGGACAAUAUGGAAGAAUACUAGCAACACUGGAUCUAAUGCUGGACUGCACCUCCAGACUAGGAGAACACCUGAUACACAGAAGGAAAAAAUACUCAUACCUGGAUUUAAGACACAAUUCAUAUUUGUAUUAUCUAGAAACAGCUUAUAUGAAGUGUUUGUUCUACCUGGAAGAUGUUAAAGUGUAUUUGUGUUGAUGAUGAUUCUGUAUGAGUGAUCUUCACUGUAACAGCUGCAGCAUCACAACACAGAGAGGUUUUUGUACCAGCAGUAAUAGGGAUUGUAUCACUGUGGUGGACUUUUGGUAGUGGCACCAGACUUGAUGUUGGAAGUAAGUAAACACAAAAUUAACUGUUUUAUUCACCUUUUGAUGUCUUGUUUCAAUUUCUCUAUCAAUUUAGGCUCGAUAUUGAGGAUUUUUUAACAUAAUUUUUUUACCAUGAUUUUGGGGAAAAAUAUACAAUGCUUACACAUAAUAUGUCCAAUUAGAAUACGAAUGUUAUUACAUCUAAUCAACUUGACCUGCCUUUAAACGAUGAGAGUGAUUAGUCUACAUUUUAGAUUAGCUGUAUGAAUCAACAUAUUGCACCUUGUAGGAAAUGUACAAUAAACAGCAGGUUUUGCAAAAUCUAAAAAAUAAAAUAAAAUAAUAAACUAGUUCAAAUGAACAAGAUACAAUCAUCCUUGGCAAGUAUUCAUACCAUAGUAGAGUCAAUUAUUUGAACGAAAGUCUAAAGAAAUUCAGCUUGCCCACUGUGCAGGAGGUUUUUGUACGAGCAGUAAAGGGGAUUGUAUCACUGUGGUACACUUUUGGUAGCGGCACCAGACUUGAUGUUGGAAGUAAGUAACAAGCUCUCUUGAUAUUUGUUUCUGAUAAAAUGUUUUGGUAUAUACUUUCUUAAAUUGUGUCUCUAUUAAAACAUUGCGAUUCUAGAUAUUUAAAAUGUUUUUUAAAUUGCUUUUGACUGCGCCUUCUGUCAAAUAAAAUGUUAUUGAAUCAAAACGAUAAAUUGUAGGUUUAUUUGUCUGUCUGAUUUGUAAAAUUGCAGACUAUAACUCUAAAUUCUGGUAUGAUAACUAUUUUAUAGUAUUUGAUAUAGUAUUCAUCGUUGUUGCAUUGUGUUCAUGGUAGCCUUCACUGUUUGUGUGAAGACAAAGGGUCUGAGUUAUGUUUGUAACCGACUUCAUGAUCUAACAUGGUUGAUAUGUGAUGAAUAUACUAUGAAUAUGAGUUGGCUAUUCUGAUCAGAUCCAUUCCUAAACAAUAUCUGUAUGACGUGUAACUGAUACCAUAUGACUAGUAACUCUAGUUAUUUAACCACUUUAUAAUUGUUUGGUUCAUAAAUCUGUUUUGUAUCAUAUUACUUUAGUGUUUUCUCCACAUCUUUUAAACAAUUUAACUUCUACAUUCAUAUUUAAAAGGCAUUUCCAAUUCACUUUAUUUUGAUGUGUCCUUUGCUGUAGAUACUUUCUUACUGUAGCUGUACUUGAUGAAGUUACAUAGUUGAUGUGUUCUGUUUGUUCCAGGUAACAGUGCCCCCACCCUCACCGUCCUGCCCCCCUCUAGUGAGGAGCUGUCCAGUACAACAACAGCCACACUGACAUGUCUGGCCAACAAGGGCUUCCCCUCAGACUGGACCAUGAGCUGGAAAGUGGACGGGACCAGCAAGAAGCAGGAGACCAGUCCCGGGGUCCAGGAGAAGGACGGCCUGUACAGCUGGAGCAGCACACUGACUCUCACUGCCCAGGAGUGGACCAAGGCAGGAGAGGUGACCUGUGAAGCCCAGCAGAAAUCCCAGAGUACAGUCACCAAGACCCUGAGGAGGGCUGACUGUUCU